UUGAUUUAAUCACAAUCACCUUCUUUUUUUUGAAACACCGCACAUGACAUCCGCGUUAGCUAAAGAUUCCGGCACUGACUCCUCCCUCCGGCGGCCGCUACUUUCUCCGCCGAAGAAGGCGGUGACAGAGAGACUUCGCAUAGAUGACAUGCUACAAAAGUACUGCGGCGAGUUCGGGCCGUGGCAAUUACGUCAUUUCGUGCUCACAAGCUUAGCCUGGGCGCUGGAGGCGUUUCACACAAUGGUCAUGAUCUUCGCCGACCAGGAGCCUGAGUGGAAGUGUCUGGAACCGGACUGCGACGCCGCCAGCUUUUGUCAGCUGCCACCGGGAUCUUGGACAUGGAGUGGCGGUGAAGCGACCUCCACAGUGGUUGAGUGGUCGCUUAUCUGCGAAGAGAAGUACAAAGUUGGGCUGGUUCAGGCAUUGUUCUUCUGUGGCUGCAUGAUAGGUGCAGGAGUAUUUGGCCAUCUUUCAGACUCAAAACUAGGAAGAAAAGGAUCUUUAACAAUAGUUUGUUUCUUGAAUGUCAUCUUUGGUUGCUUAACAGCGUGGUCGCCAAACUACCUUAUCUAUCUCCUCCUUCGUGUACUUACCGGCUUCAGCACUGGAGGUGUUGGCCUUUGUGCCUUCGUUCUGGCCACUGAACCUGUUGGCCCAACAAAGCGUGGUGUUGCUGGCAUGUCUACAUUCUACUUCUUCUCAACAGGAAUAGCCUUACUCUCCGGCAUAGCUUAUAUUUUUCCUUCCUGGCGUGCUCUCUACAUUACUUCUUCAAUCCCUUCCAUUUUGUUCCUCAUCAUGGUUCUUCCUUUUCUCCAUGAAUCGCCUAGAUGGUACCUUGUUCGUGGCAAAAUGAAUGAAGCCAUGAGUCUCAUGCGGAUCAUAGCUCAGUCCAAUAGACGGCAUUUGCCUGAUGGUGUUGUCCUUGUACUAGAUGAAGAAGAAGAAGAUGAUGCAUCUAAUGACAAGCAAAAUUGCAAGGAAGAACCUGCAAAGAAAGAAGCAAUCACAGGUUCUGUCAUAGAUGUAAUUAAGUCACCAAUGACACGAGUUCGCCUGUUUUUAGCAGUAGCCAUCAACUUCCUAUGUUCAGUUGUGUACUACGGCCUUAGCUUAAAUGUUGUCAACCUGAAAACAAACCUUUAUCUCAAUGUCCUCCUCAAUGCAGUGGCUGAGAUGCCAGCUUACACCAUCACAGCACUUCUGUUAGACAAAUUUGGAAGGAAGCCAUUGUCAAUAGGCACAUUAUGGUUCAGUGGAUUAUUUUGCCUGGUGGGGAGCCUUGUGAAAAGCAAUGGGGUAUGGAAAGUUUUGAGGAUGGUUUGCGGAAUUCUGGGAAUUUUUGGGAUGGCGGGUACUUACAAUCUGCUGUUUAUAUACACAACAGAGUUGUUCCCCACAGUGGUGAGAAAUGCUGCACUUGGCUGUGCAGCACAAGCGGCGCAGCUAGGAGCAAUAUCGGCACCAAUUGUGGUGGUUUUAGGAGGUGCCCUGCCAUUUGCGGUAUUUGCACUAUGCGGCAUUGCAGGAGGAAUCUUUGCAUUUUAUCUACCCGAGACACUAAACAAGCCUCUGUAUGACACGAUGGCCGGAAUGGAGGAAGGCGAAGGAGAAGCUGCUUAAGUAAAAAGCUGCAUAAAAUGUUAUGAAACAUACAGAAGUUCAUAAACCAGAAAUUUUUGUCCUCCUUGUGUUGUUUUUCUUAUCCUGUAACAUGAAUCUCAGAUACAGAGGGUUAGCAAAGA